AUGAAGUCCUCCUUUUCCUUUGUUUUUCUCCUCAUCCUUGUUCUUCAAUUGAUUUUAGCCUCAGCCCACAACGGAAAAUAUGAACGGGCAACCUACCAUGAUAAUUACGAAGGAGCAGCCCAGAACGAUCAAAAUUACGACGACCAAGAUCAAAAGCAAGAGAAGGGACCAGCUAAGUAUGAUCAAAAUUACAAACAAGAAAGAGAGCAACCACAGAAUGAUCAAAAUUAUGAACAAGAAGAUCGAGAUGAACAGGAUGAUCAUGCACCUUCAUUGGACAUUCCAACAUUGCUGGAUAGCUUGUCUUCGGAUGAUCUGCUAUCUUUCGGACACUAUAGCAAGAGCUGUCCUAAAGCUGAAUCCAUCAUCAAUAAACACGUGACUAAGUUUGUUAAAGAGGACAGAACCCUUGCUCCUAGUCUCCUGAGGCUGCACUUCCACGACUGUGCCGUAUAUGGUUGUGAUGGUUCCAUUCUGUUGAACCACAAGGGAAGUGAGAGAACAGCAGAGGCAAGCAAGUCUCUUAGAGGAUUUGAAGUAAUUGAUGCUAUCAAAGCUGAGAUCGAGGAAGAGUGCCCAAGAACUGUAUCAUGUGCUGACAUUCUAACCGCAGCUUCUAGAGAUGCUACCUUUCUUCUUGGCGGUCCAUACUGGGAUGUUCCGUAUGGAAGGACAGAUGGGAAAGUUUCUAUCGACAGGGAUGCUGAUUUAGUGCCAAUGGGCCGGGAAAACAUCACUACCCUGAUUGAAUUCUACCAAUCUAAGGGUUUGAAUGUGCUUGAUUUGGUGAUUCUCUCAGGGGCACAUACAAUCGGCAGGGCUACAUGCGGUUCAGUACAACAUAGGCUGUACAACAACUAUGCAGGAAUCGGCAGACCAGAUGAAUCCCUUGAUUACGGAUACGCAAACUUCUUGACAAGAAAAUGCAGAUGGGCCUCUGAGUAUGUUGAUCUAGAUGCUAGAACCCCGCAGGCUUUUGACAAUGUUUACUACAAGAAUCUUCAAGGCAACCUGGGGCUUUUGACCACGGAUCAAUCGCUAUAUUCUGACCCAAGGACUUCUCCAAUUGUUGAUGCAUUGGCUGAUGGGCCUUCAGAUUUCUUCGAACACCAGUUUGCAGUGUCCAUGACGAAACUUGGCAAUAUCCUAGUCCCUACAGUUCACGAUGGAGGCGAAAUUCGAACCAAAUGCUACUCUGUCAAUUCCAAUAAUUAA